UGCACACAUUUUCCCCUCGAGCCCCGUCCGUAUACCCAUUGACAUCCCUAAUUGGGUUCUUCAAAAAUGAAAGCUUAGAGGAGAUGUUGGACACAGAAGAUGGCUCUUGAGUCUUGACGCAGUGCAGCACCCAAAUUCCACCAAUUAAUGCGCAAAUACUGCGGCACUGCCUCAAUUUUCGUCUUCCAUUUUUCUAAUCACUCCCACAUUCACUUUUUUUAGGGAUUGCACACUCUCUUAUACACACAACACACACACACACACAAGCACGCACAGAGACGCAAUAGCCGUAACCGUUUUUCAGUCACACUCUGAAUGAAUGGAGGAGCAACAACAACAACAACGGAAAGGUCCUAUUCCUCUCGACUGGGACACGCUUCUCGAUGAAACGCCGGCGGCGGAAAUCUUCGUGAAACCCUCUGCUAUGGCUUCCGAUCAGGAGCCUCAGUCCUUUGUCCCCGGCCUCGAAGACCUCAAAGAUUGCGAGCUUCAUGAACAAAUUCGGAGAAAGAAGAAUAGUCUCAAUACCGCCGGUAAAAAAUUGCCGGACCGAGGUGCCAAACUUCGCGCUGUCAUCAGGUGCUAUGAAGAAGAGGUUCAUAGACGGAAAGUCAACCCUCCUCCGCAGAAAGUUGAAGAGAAGCAGGCUACUACCAGCUCAGAUUCAGUUGGUGUGUCUAAUAAAUCGAGACAAGAGAAUUCGCCAUCUCGUCCACAGUCAGAACCCUCUUUUGCAUCUUGCCUUAUGAAGAAAUUGGAUGAUAAAAAUCAGACUAAUUGUACAGCUGUUGAUGCAUUUAGCAAUGAGAAGCAAUAUUUCAAGCAUUGUAACAACCAGACAGUACGACCCAACAGAGAACGUAAAAGAGGAAAGAGACAUCGAUCAUCUUCAAGACAAUUGCCAUUUAAAAGCCCCAGGAAACUUUCCAUACGUGAUACUUUUAGUGAUGAUAAAAGGUGCCAAGCCAAUUCUGUCUUAUCCCUACAGACUAUUACAAGGAAUCUAGAAAGACGCUACUCAAAAGAUAAGGGUGCUUCUCAGGCAAUUCUGUCAGAUGGCUCAAGGUCUAGGAAGGGUCAACCCAUUGUUGUUGAUGACGACGACGAUGAUGAGGAAGAUGAUGACAGCGAAGAUCCUCGUAUUCUGGAGAGAACAGAAAACAAAGUUCCUGAAUAUUUGAAAGAAGCUAAGGUCUAUUUUCCAUCAAGAGAUGAUCCCGAGUGUGUUGAAAUUUGUUACAACGACAUGGAAUGCCUUGCUCCUGAAGGCUACUUAACAUCAACUAUCAUGAACUUUUACAUGCGAUAUUUGCAGCAGCGAGUAUCUCUGACAAUAUUAGACUGCUGCCAUUUUUUCAACACAUAUUUCUACAAGAAACUUACAGAAGCUGUAUCCUGCAAGGAAAGUAACAGAGAGACAAUCUUCGCAAAGUUCAGGAGGUGGUGGAAGGGUGUUAAUAUUUUUCAAAAGGCAUAUGUUUUGAUUCCAAUACACCAGGAUUGUCAUUGGAGCUUGAUCAUUAUAUGUAUCCCAGACAAAGAUGAAUCAGGACCAAUCAUACUUCAUUUGGAUUCUUUGGGUCUUCACUCAAGUGAAUCAGUUUUUGAUAAUAUUAAAAGCUAUUUGAUCGAAGAAAAGAACUAUUUGAGUCGAGAGUGUGCUUCUUCAGAUGUUCCGAUUGCAGACAGAAUAUGGAAGUCUCUUUCUCGCAGAAUUGAAACUCGAGUCAUAGCCGUUCCCCAACAGAAGAAUGAGUAUGACUGUGGUCUAUUUGUAUUAUACUUCAUUGAGCGUUUCAUGGAAGAGGCACCCGAAAGACCGAAAAAGAAAGAUUUAGCAAAAAUGUUUAGCAAGAAGUGGUUCGAAGCUGAAGAGGCAUCCAAUUUGAGAGCAAAAAUCCACAAGUUGCUUGUAGCAGAACUACAUAAUUCAAUCAAGCCUAACGGCGUAACAGCAUCUUCCCCUUCAUCUGAUGCCAAUGCAACCGAAUGCGUUGAGACUGCCAAGGACUCUUCGUUCGAAGAUGGCAUCAUGAGUUGCAAUUCUGAAAUAAUUGAAUGAACAAUUUGUUCAUAUAGUUGAUGUUGGCGCUUUUUACCGUGUACAGACACCAGUUUUGGGUGGGAAGUUUCCUAUGGUUUGGUAAAUAGUCCAAUUACCUUAUACAAGAAAAGGUAGAUGGGAUUUUGUCGUAAGACCAGAAAAAUGUCAACUCUUCCAGUUUCUAACCAUUUCUUGUGGGUUAAGAGUUCCUUUUAAAUGUAUAGUAGGAAACAUUACAGAACUGACUACUAGAGAUAAUUAAUAGGAUUGAAGAUUAAUCUGCAAGAAUUAUGAACUAAUGAUAAUCAGAUAUUUUAUGAUUUCAAUUUUAGUUCUCUUAACUUUCAA